AUGCGUCCGCCUCGUCGUACAAGUCAAAGGAAUACAGAGUAUCUCAACUAUCUAAAUACACUAGCGUCUGAUAGGGAUUCUCAGAGCUUUUACCGCAGAGUCUAUCCUGAACAACAAGUAGAUAAUGACCUGGUAGAGUAUGAUACUCCCUUUGAUGAGACGGAAGUGAUUGAGGCCUGGCUCGUUUAUUAUUCAGAUAUUCCUCCUUUGACUGCAACAGAGUCAUCUAACAAAGAUACUUGUAUCAUCGAAGAUACCAUCUCUUCUCUCUCUCUGGGCGAGUCUUCCACUAUAAUUCCUCCUCCCUUAUCAACCAGUGAUAUCUCUCCUCCCUUGUCAGCAAGUGAUAUCUCUCCUCUGCAUCUUGCUAAAGUAAACAUUCCCUCCUCCUCUUCCUUUACAGCAAGUGAUAAAUUCCCUCCACGUCCAAUCACAAUGACGACAACCACUUCUAGUCAAGAGCAUUCUACCAGCCCUCCUAUCACAUCAACUGAGACAUUGCCUCUUCAUGUGUCUACGGAAAGAACACCAGUAGAGACCACAAUGGAACUUGUGGAUAUCUCUUGUGACGCAGGUGAUACUAUCAGUCAAGCCAAAAAGAUCUAUUAUGACAACAUUUUAACAAAACUAUCUUCAGAACCUGUUGUACAUAAGGAUAAGUUCACUUGUAUCAUCUACUCGGAUCCACUGGAUAUUCCUGACUCGUAUACAGUUAUCACAGACAAGAAGGCUCAAGAUUAUUUAAGCCCCCCUCCCUUACAACCUACCUCAAGCCAUGAUGAAAUCAUUCGAUAUACAAUCAAAGAGUUUAAAAGUUUGAAUAAGACACCUACACAUGAACUUGGUGUACUUGCUGGUAAACUUAUUACUGCUUAUAAUAUUGGUGUACCUAAAUCUGAAGCUGCACUUCCCCGUAUUUUCCUGCCUACAAGACAACCCAAGAAUCCAGAGAACGGCCAAAGGGGCUUCUUAAAUGAUGUCAUUCCCUAUACGAACAGUAAACUUCAAACCUCUUGUAUGAGAUGUCGAAACCUAAAGGAUGAAUGA